AUGGCUUUUAACUUCGAUAGUGGACAGUUCAAUAAAGAAUCGACGCCGAAACGUCUGGGCAACUGGGAAGUCCCUCGCUGGGCGCCCACGCGAGCUCGCCCCCUCGAAAUGCGUCCAGACCCGAAACCAAUUUGCGACAUCAACGGACACUUCUUGCCUGGCGCCCCAAGGGGAUCGUCGAGAUGCUUCGGACAUUACACCGGCACAUGGGACCUGCCUAAGAAAAUUACGAGGAAAGUGGCUGAAGAAUUGGCCAAGGAACCGCCGGAUGGCAGAUUUCCGGAUUGGCUUAAUCUCCGAGUUCAGAGGCCCAAAGCAGCUGCCAAGGCCACGCGCGUGCGCGGUGCGAAGCGCGAAAAGGCCCUAGAGACCAUAGACAAGGAUGAUCAGUCGUUCAAAGAUAUAGGUACAGCUGGAAAGCAAGUAGAUGAAAAUAUUCAGAGUGAUGAUAAGGAAGAAAAUGGUGAUCCAUUAGACUUGAAUAAAAGGUUGGAGCCAGUAGACAGCGAAGGCCACGGCCCCUAUAUCCCAGGCUCCGCCACAGAACCAGAUAAGAGACACGAAAGCUACGAUCUAUUAGUAAAAGACGCAGUGGAACAACUCCACGGGCCACAAGAGAAACAAACGGAUAAAUUCUGGCGAAAAGUCGCCGAAACCGCAAGGAACAAUGAACAAAACACCGUUAAUAUGAAAUACGCGAAGAAAAGUGAAACCCCGAAAUUACCGUACGUUAAUGUAUCGCAACAUUUCAAUUUCGCUAAGAGUAUGCACGCUGGCAAUUUAGAACACCAACCAUUACCGGAUACUUUGGGAUACAGGCAUUUAACUAAAGUUGGCGAACACAGAGAUUCAGAUAUCGUGGUCAAACCGUACGCGAUAGGUUGGAAAGGUUACGGCGCAUCUGGUCCCACGUGCUGUACAAAAAUGCGCGUGCAUAGACCAAAGACCUGUGAUCCCAAGAAAUCGGAAGUCGAAACAGAGAGCCGCCAGCAAAGACCAGCUACGUCCGAUUUGGGAGGGCAAUACAAGAAGCCGUUGUCACUCAUGGACUUGGCCAUCUGUUGGGAUUUCAAAACGGACGAUCCCAGGCGGGAGCCAAAGGCACCUAAGCAUAUAGAUGGAUCUAACGGAUCAAUGGCACCGGCAGUAUUCACCAUGGUGCACACACCUAAAGAAGAAAUAGAUAUCGUAACGGGUCAUUCUCAACCCAUAUUUAAUCAAAAUCGCAACGGUCAUGACAUAGGACGACACAGCGUACCGCAUUUUGAAAAGGACAUGAGCAAAGAGAAGAGGAAGGACGUCUGCGAUGUGCAAAACUGUCCUCAGCACAUUGAACGUAGAUCCAAAUCGUCCAGCAGGAAGAGCUCAGCGGAAUCGAAGAAGUGUGACGGUGUCAAUGGUUGCGGGACUCCGACGGAUUCCAAUAGAAAUUCCAGUCGUGAUUCUUCCAAAUCUCACAAACUCCAGGGUAUAAAAGAGGCUUGGAUUAAUCGCAAUAAUAGCUUAGAAUCAUACGAUAAAACACCUCUAGCGCGGGGCAAACUCCACCAGAGUUCUCCAAACGAAUCGCAACUGUCUCGCUCGCCGAAUGACAGUGAAAACAACAACAGACACAAACAUUGCUAUUCUUGUGGUGGCGACAAAGCACCGAAGGAGGUAAAGCAGAGGGAAGAUUACAAAUUCGCGUUCAAGGCUGGCAACCCCAAUUCGAUUCAGAGCGGGAGUACGAACGAUUCCAAGGGCGUCAAGAUGCCAAAAAUGCGACACCCGUACACAAAAAAGUCUUAUACGAUACCGACUUUGGCCCCGCCGUUCAGUAUUUGGCGGGACGCGAACGCGACAGGCUAUCCGGAACAUUGGCGGCUUGCUAGUGUGUAUCAACACGCUUAUAAGCCACCGGAUCAAAGACGAAAACCUCUUAUAAAUAGUGUUUACCAGUAG